CAGAGGUGUGGACUCGAGUCAUGUGACUUGGACUCGAGUCAGACUCGAGUCAUGAAUUUGAUGACUUCAGACUCGACUCGACAAAAUGUACAAAGACUUGCAACUCGACUUGGACUUUAACAUCAAUGACUCGUGACUUCACUUGGACUUGCGCCUUAUGACUCGAGAAGACUUGCUACUUCCCAUGAAAACUGGGGAAAAAAUUUUUCACACGGCCGCGCCGCUCUCCGUUUAUCUGCAUCUGUGAAAAAAAUGUGCACCAUCCACCUGUAUGCAUACAGAGAGCGCGCGCUGCCUGCACGUUAUCCAAUCACUGUAGUCCCACGUUGUUUUGAUUCGACAGCAUCUAAGCAGGCACAUUGCAAGACAACCAAUGAAGCACAUCAAGCAACAACGCGCCAGUUGUCAAAAUGAUACCGAAGAUAGUUUGGUUUGGCUAUAAAAAUUACGAGGUAGUCGACAAAAAACGAGUUGCAAUCUGCAAAACAUGCGGAUCGAAGAUUACAGACGGAGCUGCCACAACGUCCAACUUUGUUCGACACCUGAAGUUGCACAAAGAAAGGUAAGUUUUGAACGAAUGCUACGCACCUUAUCGGAUGUACCGUAACUUACUAGCUAGCUGCUGCAUAUUUACUGUAUCAACGAGACAAACGCACGUCUCCCUUGCUGGUUCAUGCUUACAAAAAUAUGGAUUUUUGAAAUGCUAUUAUAUGGACAUUCUAAAACGCUUUCGUGAAAAACGCUUAACGUUCUUUAAUGUACUAAGACAGUGUUAUUAAAAGACCAAACUCUGUAAAUAUCAUAUUAAUAAAGUAUACUAUGUACAAAACAUCAGAUGAGGCCAGAAUAUGAACGCAAACACGUUUAACAACACGUUAAGUGUUUUCCUCCCAUAGAAAACCAUUAUAAGAAAAGGCUUAACAUGUCUUAUGUAGGCUACUAUGUAUUCUGGGCUCAUCUGAUGUUUUGUACAUAGUAUGCUUUAUUAAUAUGAUAUUUGCAGAGUUUGGUCUUAUAAUAUUACUGUCUUAGUAUAUUAAGCAUUAAGCAACGUUAAGCGUUUUUCACGUUAAGCGUUUUAGAAUUCAGUUUCAGAGUUGCUGGUGUGCUGCCUCAUUGAGGUCGUUUAUGUAAUUUUGGUUAAUCACAACUAAGCUGAACUGUCGUUGAAGACAAAAUAUCACAAUUAAACAAUGAAUGCACCCCCUUUCACAACUCGGAUGUAGUUGGUGCAUCCCUAAACCCAUCCAAUACAACAGGAAACAUAGUAAGACGUAUACAUUGUAAAGAGGAAAAUGAUAACACAGUCACAGUAGAUCCACCAUUAGCCUUCCCUUUUCAUAUCAUGCCCAAACAGCAGACAGCGCAUGGACAGAGUGCUACCGUAGUCUACAGUAGGUCUGUGAGGCAGCGCACCACUGGGAUAUAUACAGUAUAUAAUAAAAUAAUAACGAUUAUAGUAGUAAUGUUCAGAGAUGCAAUAGAUUAUUAUAGUGCAGUUCUUAACUAAUGGGAAUAUUGUUUAGCUUAUUUUUGGUUUAAUUUGGUUUACUUUAGUUAUUUAAUUUAUUCAAUUAUUUUGUUUUUCUAUACUUUUCAUGCCAACUUGCCAUGGCCCCCCUAGAACCCCCUCGCGGCACCCAAGGGUCCCCGUCCCCACUUUGAAAACCACUGCUAUAAAGCAUAUGACUUCAGUUUCUUGAGGGAAAGGGCUUUCUUAUGAAUUUUGAAGCAGUGAAAAUAUUCUUAAUAUUGCAUACACUGACACUGAAAUGUAUUAUCGUAAACCGUAGUGUACAAUAGGCAAUGAAUAUUAACACAACAACAUUGAUAUGAGUAAAGAGUAGUUUCAAAUACAACAUGUGUGGCUGUAAAGGAUUUUCUGACAUCUGUUUCAUAUUCUUCUCUGUUACAGGUAUGAAGAAUACCAGAUGAACAAAAUCAUCGUAGAUGAACCACAACAGCCUUCAAUCUCACAAUUCCUUGACACUCGUGUAGGGCGUUACAGCCUGACCCACCCACAGCAGAAGGCCAUCUCCAAUGCGAUACUGUCUGACUUGAUUAUUGAUUGCAAUUUCCCUCUGUCUAUUGUGGAAAAUAAGAGCUUUCGUCACUUUCUGGCUGUGCUGGACAGCAAGUAUACCCCAGUAUGUCGCCGAACGCUGACCACAAAAACAGAGAGCCUUGCUGAGGAGAGACGGUCAAAGUUAAAAACUCAAUUGAGCAACACUGACCAUGUUUCAGUCACUGUGGACAUUUGGUCUGAUCGAAAGAUGAGGGGAUUCCUUGGUGUCACUGUGCACUGGAUGGAGCGAGAUGCAGAGAGGGUACAGCUAAAGACUAAUCUCUUGGCCUGCAACCGCUUCAAAGGCUCUCACACAGCAGAGCGAAUCUGUGACCAAUUUGAGGCAAUAUGUGAUGAAUACAACAUCAAAGCUAAAUUGGACUAUAUAAUUAGUGACAAUGCUGCUAACAUGCGCAAGGCAUUUACAGUCUGCUUCCCCAGCGAACAGGAGGAAGAUGAAGAUGCUGGAGAUAAUCUUGAUGAUCCUGAGCUAUGGCAUGACUUAACCCAAGAAGACCAGCAAACCGUCGAUGCUGCUAUGGCAAAGAAACAGCGCCUGCAGUGUUUUGCACACACAUUGCAGCUGGUUGUGGGAGACGGUUUGAAAGAAACAAAAGCGGCAUGUCCUUCUCUCUCCAAGUUAUCAAAACUUAGCUCCCUGCUCCACACAAGCACAACGUUUAAAGACAUCUUCGAUGGUGAAUUUGGGGAGCACAGAGGCAUCCCUGCUGCAGUGAGCACGAGGUGGAAUUCCACACUGCGGCAGGUAAAAGCAGUCCUUCAUUGUGAUCAGCAAAAGCUCUGCGCAGUUCUUGAGAAGGCCGGGCAUAAAGAACUGUCAUUCACACCACGAGAGUGGAAUCUGCUGAAGGAGUUGGUGGACAUCUUAAAACCGUUCGGAGAAGCAACUGAUUUGACACAGGGGGAGAAAGUCAUUACAAUCAGUGCAGUUGUUCCAUCCAUCUUGUCCCUCAAUCACCAUCUUGAGAAGCUGAAGCCUCAAGUUCGUUUCCUGAGUGGCCUGGUCAGAGGUCUGCAGGCAUCCCUGAAAAAAAGAUUUAUUGGGAUCUUCAUUAAUGUAAAAAUGGCCCAGUCUCAAGAAGGGAUCACUGCCCCCUUUUCAGACACAGUCUACCUGAAAGCAGCUGCCUUGGAUCCAGCCUUUUGUCUGCUGUGGAUUGAGCCCCAUGUGCUGGUCAACCGUGACAUCAAGGCAGAGGUGGCACAACGAGUUAAAGGUAAAUAUUAUUGACUUGCAAUGCAACUUAAAUGCAACGUACAAUAAUUUGAUCUUAAUCUGAUAUAGGAUCUAAUGUGAUAUUAAUCUGACUUUAACAAUAAUAAAAAAUUUCAGUCUUGAACAGUAUCAUCAACAUCAGAAAUAAGGGCUCUUUUGUUUCUGCUGUUGUGACACGUUUUUAUUUUUAUUUUUAGAAUUGAUCCUGCAAGAUGCUGCAGAGACAGAGCAGCCUGUGCCGGUGCCUGCUGAAGAAGAACUAGAGGACAUGGAAGGAGAAGGGCUGUUUGCUGCAUACCAUAAGAGGCAGAAAAGGGAUGUUGGGACCCCACCAGCAGUACAGCUAAGUCACUACAUUGACAUGGCAGAAGGACAGAAUGCCCUUUUGUUCUGGGCACUGAACAGUAAGACUCUUCCUUCACUCUUUCAAGUAGCCAUCCGAGUCUUGGCAGUGCCUGCUUCUAGUGCUCCAGUGGAGCGAGUUUUCAGCCAUGGUGGCAUCAUUCUGCGUCCCCAUCGUGCACAAAUGACUGACAGACUUUUGGCCAAUUUGAUCUUUUGCAAAUGCAAUGCAGUAUAGGGGCCUCCCUCCACCUGUCCACAGCACGCAUGCGCGCACACACACUCACUCUCUGCUCAUCACCUGUCCACACAGCUCUCUCUCUCCUGUGGUAGGAGUUUCACAUGGAGUAAGAUCUGUUCAUUUGCAGUGCAGGUUCCCACACUGUUUUUACUUCCAGAGCUUUGGUGUUUGUCCUUCCCCGUAAACCAUUUUCUCUCUCUCUCUCUCUCUCU